AGAUGGACCUUCGCGGGAAGGCCACAUGAGAAACGGGAGCUCCGAGGCAAUGUGUUUUUUUAUAAAUAAAAAAUUUGUGCUACAAAAUUAGAAAAUCUUAUAUUAAGAGGAGGGAGGAUUGGAGGCUACCUGUGGGAAUAGGCCGAAGGAGAGAGGUGCGAAGGAGUUUGGGGUUGCAGGAGGACCCCAUUGUUUUAUUCCUUCAAAUAAGAGGUUACUUUCCUUUCUGACAAUGGGUGGUGGAGGGAGAAUGACCUUGCCACCAAACAGGGAGAAAAUGGAGAGGGUUCCUUCUGCAAAGCCUCCAUUUACCGUGGGUCAACUGAAAAAAGCAAUUCCACCUCACUGCUUCAAUAGGUCUAUGAUAAAAUCGUUCUCAUAUCUGGCAUUUGAUUUUGUUCUCUCUUCUUUGGCCCUAUAUUUGACAACUUUCUUCACAAUGGGUGGGUUGGUGGGGUGGGCAAUGUGGCUUGGCUAUUGGAUAGUACAAGGUUGUGUUCUCACUGGUGUAUGGGUUAUAGCACAUGAAUGUGGGCACCAUGCAUUCAGUGACUACUCUUGGGUUGACGAUGCAGUUGGGUUUGUACUGCAUUCAUUGCUUCUUGUGCCAUACUUCUCUUGGAAAUACAGUCACAGAAGGCACCAUAGCAACACUGGAAGUCUAGAACAAGAUGAGGUCUUUGUUCCUGUUCCAAAGGAGGAACUAAAAUGGACAUCCAAUCUUGUAAAUAAUCCUUUGGGAAGGCUCGUCACAAUAACAAUUGUUCUGACUCUUGGGUGGCCUUUGUAUCUUGCCUUUAAUGUUUCAGGAAGAAAAUAUCCCCGUUUUGCCUGUCACUAUGAUCCAUAUGGUCCAAUUUACAACAACAGAGAGAGACUACAGAUAUUUGCUAGCGACUUUGGUGUACUGGGUGUGGCUUAUUCCCUGUAUCUGUUGGCUUCAUCAUUUGGCUUGCUUUGGGUGAUCAAGAUUUAUGGAAUCCCACUUCUGAUUGUUAAUGCAUUCCUUGUUCUUAUCACAUAUCUGCAACACACACAUCCAGCACUUCCUCAUUAUGACAACACGGAGUGGGAAUGGCUGAGGGGUGCACUUGCAACAGUUGACAGGGAUUACGGAAUUUUGAAUCAUGUCUUCCACCACAUAACAGACACACAUGUUGCACACCAUCUAUUCUCCACAAUGCCUCACUAUAAUGCCAUGGAGGCCACCAAAGCUAUUAGACCAAUUUUGGGGUCCUACUACCAUUUUGACGGCACACCUGUAUAUAAAGCCGUGUGGCGGGAAUUUAGAGAAUGUGUGUAUGUAGAGGCUGACGGCCCUCAACAAAGUGGAGUUUUCUGGUACAAAAAUAAAAUGGCAUAGAAUAGUAAUUCUGUAGCAUUCUCAACAAAGUGGAGUUUUCUGGUACAAAAAUAAAAUGGCAUAGAAUAGUAAUUCUGUAGCAUUCCUUGGACAUGCCAAAUUCUUUUGUUCGGGUAGGAUUUGGUAUUAUCGCUUUACUUGCUUCCAUAUGGAAUGGUAUUAUGUAAGUCAUAGAUAGGGUUUUGACCUCAAAUGGUAUGAUUCUAGAACAAAAACUAAUAGUUUUUAUGAAAGAAUCACCCAGAAUAAUUCCUUCUUGUAUUCACUGUUCUGUUAAAAUCAACUUUCUUUUUAUGUUA